AUGGCAUCUUCUUCCGCAAACAUGCACUACGACUCCUCCAGGGUGCCUCUGCACCAAUGGCGUCUUCUACAGACCAGGAUGGACGAAAAGCUCAUCGAGUGGAUGCCGCUGCAGCCCUGGACGAUCGAACAGGGCGACCAGCUGACAAACGAGUUGAUGGAGAUCGUGGCCGAGUGGGAGACGUUGCAGAUCUUUCACCAAUUUGUUGAUUGGUACAGGAACGCUAAUGAGACGUGGCAUGCGGAGUAG